CCCGGGCACGAGCCGCUCCCGCCGCUCCCCGGGACCGGUCUCGCCUGGGACUGAUCCCGCGCCGAGCUCACCUGGGCAGGCUCGGCCCGGGCGGCUGCGGGUGCCGGGGCAGGAUGCGCUCCAAGCGGCUGACCACCGAACCUCCGUGUGUAACAGAAGAGAUAUUAGAAGAAUGCUUAGCCACAGAUGAUAUGCUUGUGGAUUUCUUUAAUGAAUUUUUGAGUCUUCCGACCUUUGCCCAGCAAGUGAAGUUUAACUCUGAUGUUGGAGCUUUUGAAGUAGUUAAUUAUACCCCACGAUGCCUGGAAAGCCAGCCGAAAAAAAUUCUACAUGAUCAAAAACCUCCAAGCCCCAUUUAUGAUGUUCUAAGCAAAGAAAAGAAUGAUGGGCAGCUCUCCAAAAUGUACAGUGCUUCUUCAACCUUCAGUAUUGAUCCAAAUUACAACACUAUGCAACUCGAUCAAGAACAAGCAGUUGAGUGGAUUAAGAAAGAAAGGCUUCCAGCAUUUCUAGAAAGUGACUGUUACUUUGAAUACAGAUUAGCUAAAUUGAUAUCACAGGUAGAAUGGAGCAAGACUGGCAUUAAUUUCAUUAUAGAUAAUGACUAUUCUCCCUGGAUAAGGAUAAGGAAACAAAGGCCAAGUUCUCCCCAUCCUGAGGAGGAUGACUCUUCACUGACUUCAUUGACUAUGAAGGAGUUCUAUGUAUCACUUGGCGAGGCUACAGUUUCUCAGGUAAAGGAUUGGUUUACCUUGGCAAAACAAGGUGAUUCUGUGAAAACUACAGAUUCAUAUACACAUCCUGUAGCUUCUAGUAAAAUUCAAGAUACUCAGCAUUUGCCUGGGCAGCAUAAAAGAGAUGAAUUAUUACCUGGAAAAGGUCCCCUUCUGGGGACAGCAUCUGCAAAAGCUGAUGUUACCAGUGAGAGAUCCAGAAAGGCUGAGGAGGGCUGCUCUGUGGCCAUUGCUGAAGCUCCUUCCCACACACAUUCAAGAGUUUAUCUAGACCCAAAAUGGCACAGUGCAGCAGCAGAAGAAGAUGAACAGGGAAGCAUGACUUUUCAGACAGCAGAAGAAUUCACAUCAGCAUCCUCUCAAAUUUCAACGAAGGAACCCAUUUCAGAGCUGACCCUCCAGCCACCUGCUGACAUUGAAACCUUGGACUCCAAGGAAGGUGUCAGAAAACAAGGAAGCUUAAGUCCAAGUUCUGAAAGUGUUGGGCCAGACAGCAGGGCUGCCUGGUGUAUUAGUCACGGGACGUACGACACUGGCAACCGACAUGAGUUUGAAAGAUUCAAGAAGUUCAUUAAAGGAACACUUGGGGAGAGGUACUGGUGGCUCUGGAUGGAUAUUGAAAGACUAAAGGCUCUUAAGAACACUACAAGGCAACAAAGGCAACUCAGUAAGAUGAAAAAACUGUACCUGCUGAGCAGUGGAGACUAUUUCCUCAGUUCAGAAGUCUUGCUCAGACUUGAGCUACUGCAUGGAGAUCAGUGGAAUAUAAUGCAUUUAAGACAGAUUCAGCCUGAAGUAGUGAAACCACUUCUUCUUUACUGGGGUCCCAGAUUUUGUGUCACUCAUUCAACAGCAAUAGAUGCUGCCAGUGCAAAACUGAAGUUCUGGCACACAUGUCAAGAGAGACCAAGAGUGGACAUUGAUCCUUUCCCACAAAUAGUAUCAUUGUUGCCAUUGACCCAAAAGUCUGACAUACCACCUUCCCUUCUUCAGAGAUCAUCAAGAUUGCCACCUAAUCUCAUAGGGAGUCAGAUUCUACAAAGGGAUGAUACUUCUGGUAGUAGAAUGUGGCCAAUGUCAGCGGGCAUGCACAUGAUUCAUAGCUUAGCUCUGGAUGGGACCAAAGACUCAGAAUACCAGGGUCAUAGAAAGUACACCUAUGCUGAGCUUCUCCAUGGAAAAAGUGUUGCUGGUAGUGUUGUCUUCAGGGGAUCAGAAAUUGAAAGCAUGCUGCAGUCUCUUUAUUUGGAGAACAGAGCAGGCUACUACUUCACACAAUUCUGUGAGAAGUCAGGGAAUAAGUUGUGGAAGAACUGUGUGUACUUUUGGUUCGACCUACAGGCUUAUCAUCAGCUUUUUUACCAAGAAACCCUUCAGCCUUUUCAAAUACGCCAGCAAGCUCAAUUCCUUUAUGCAACUUACAUUGCUCCAUCUGCCAGUAUGGACACUGGACUUAAUCAGAAUAAGAAAAAUAGGAUUUAUCAGAAAAUUGACCCAGCUUUUGAGGACCUUUUUGACCCAGCAGAAGAACAUAUUCUCACUGUCCUGCUGGAACCAUGGAUGAAGAUGGUGGAAGAAGAUAAAUACACUUACAGAAAGGUGGAGUUGGUGGAAGAAACUCAACAGCUGGACUCCGUGUACUUUAGAGAGCUCCAGGCUUUGCAUCAAGUGAGCAGUUCCAAGAAGGAUGAGAAUACUGUUGCUGACACGGGGGCUCUCAAAGAAGAUCACCGCUUGCAUCAAGCUCCCAAAGAAUUGGCAGGUCCUAAUCUGUCUGACCUGAUCCAUGACAAAGAGAAGUUAGAACAGUUCCAGGCUUUUCUUAAUAAGCAUUCUGCUAGCAUGGAUCUCAUGUGCUGGCUAGAUAUUGAAGAGUUCAGAAAGAUGCUCCAAAAGGAUAAAGAAAAAAGUGAUGAAAAAUCUAAAGACAUUAGAACCAAGUACUUAAACAACAAGUACUUCUUUGGACCAAACAGCCCAGCUACCAGAGAACAAAAAGAAAAGCUAAUGCACUCAGGUGGAGGAAGGAGACAAAGCCUUCAUGAUCAAUUUUCGGCAGCAGUUCUGCUAGAAGUUCAGCAAUGUGUCCAGAAGAGAUUAGAAAAACAAUGGCUGCCAUUGUUCCUGGCAGAUGAACACCUUGGGGCAGAGGAGCAAGCAAAGAUAAAGGACAUAACUGAACAUCUUUCACACAAAGACCAGCAAAAGACAACCAGGAUGUGGAAGCAUGUGGACAAUAAGAGUAUUUCUUCAUCUAGUGAAAUUAUUGCUUUCCGCAAGGCGCUGUUGGAUCCAGUGACAGCAAAUCUGUUUCAACGCUUUGUGGCACUGAAGGGAGACCUCCUGGGGAACGGAGUGCUCUUUUGGCAAGAGGUGCAAAAGUAUAAGGACUUGUGCCAUUCUCAUUGUGCUGAUGCCAUAGUUCAGAAAAAGAUCACAGCUAUUAUUGACUGCUUUAUUAAUUCUGCCAUACCCCCAGCUUUGCAGAUUGACAUCCCACCUGAACAAGCAAAGAAGAUUGUGGAGCGUAGGAAAGAACUAGGACCUUACAUUUUUAGAGAGGCACAGAUGAGUAUUUUUGCUCUUCUGUUUAAAUUUUGGCCAGAAUUUUGUAAAUUCCAAAGCAGUCCGGAGAGUAACAAAAUUCUAGUUGCCUUGGAGAAAAAAGGGGAAAAAGAGAUGCAAAAGAUGGAAGGGAUAACAGCAAAGGGCAAAGAAGCAGGGAAAAAACUCAUUAAUUUGGCUCAACUUAAGUCCUUGACUCAACCCAAGUCCUUGACUCGACGCAAGUCCUUGACUCAGCCUGAGCCCUUGACUCAGCUUAAGCCCUUGACUCAACUGCCAAGGAGUGUUUUGCUAGAUGAGCUUGAUGUGAAGAGAAGAUCAUCAACACUUUUAGCAUCUACAGAAGGACAUGGAAGGAAGGCUUCCUGGUCCUAUUCCAAGUACAUAGAAGCCUUGGAGCAGGAAAGAAUACUUAUUAAAAAGCAAGAAGAUGUGGAGAAAACCUCAUCAUCAUUCCCUGCAGGUUCCUUGUUUAUGUCCUCCCUGAAGCCUGAAAGUUCUGUAAAAGCCACCAUUCCUACAAAGCCUAAAUUCUGAAUCUUCCGAAGAAGCAGGAAGCACAUUAAAAUCUCUCUGAGGAAUGGAAUGCAGAGAUAUUCAAUGGAGAUGGCCAGGAGACAUAAAUUUAAUGUGCAUGCAAGAUUUGUUCUUACAAUUCUAGAGCAAAGAUGAUGACUUGGAAUAUUAUUAAGAACCAUGGGAUCAAGGGUCGAAAAUAAACAUUUUCCAAUGUGUUCCAUUCCA